GGCAUUUACAAUAACACUCACUCACACUCUCUUACCAGGUAUACUACCACUGCGCAGUCUCUUGUUCAAUUACCAGUAAACGAGAGUCGUGCAGAUGACCUAGCUGACAUGGUUUGAUCUGACCCUGUACCAACUCCUCUCUCCUCCUUCCCACAACAACAACGACCAAAGUACCCUCCUAGCUGCAAAGCCUCCCACCAUCAUCACCCUCACUACCACCAUUACUUCCACUCUCUCCAGAAUGUCCCCUCCAUUCCCCUCGGCCUCUUCCUCCUCAAGCCAUGCCUACACUCCAGGUCCACACCGACGCUCUCAUCCAAACCUCCAAUCCCUCUCCCAUCUCUCUCUUGCGCCGUUGACGCCGAGAUACCCCAUCGACCCAGCCGACUACAAUGCGUAUUUUGACCCAUCGACGGCGGAGCUGCACACAUCCAGCUCACUGCGGAGUUUAAGCACCGUCGCGAAUCUACCAUCUCCUGGUGGAAUUCUCGCCUCGACACCUGGUGGCUCGCAUCGACCACACGGGCGAAGCAGUCGGCCAGGCUCAAGAGUAGGAUCACGCGCCGCCUCGAGGACGAGGCAUGCAACACCAGGCCAGGCUCAUAGCGGAGAUGGACUACGCCAGAAGUCCAAAUCUAGUAUCGGUAUUCAGCAGGACCAACCCUACCAACACCCACAUCACAGCAUCGCUCCCCCCUCUGGUGCAUUGACCAGUGAAGGGUUCGGACACAAAUCACACCCACAUCUCUUGUCAGCACACUCGACAUGGAGUAAUCAUCACCAUUCUGCGAACUUGACGCCGACGAGCAAAUCCAUCACCCGGUUACACAUCCCUGCAUCAGCGUCCUCGUCAUCAUGGCUGAUCCAGACUGGACUGGCAUUAACGGAGUCGUCGCGCGAAACCAAAGGCCAAUCAUGGCUAUCGAAACGCGAUUCAUCGACGUCGUUGGCCUCGCCUAUUGAAGAACGACGUCCUCCCCGCUCCGCCAGUCGUGCCACCCCCAGUGUCAGCCGCAGGAAUAGCAACCGACGCAACGGCAGCCGUCGGUCGUUAGCCAUGACUCCCGCGACUAACACAGGUUUACCUACUCCUACGACAACACAUCAUCAUGAUGACUACUACGACCACGACCACGAUAUCCAACCACAAUGGGAUGAUAUCCACACCCAAGCCGAAAUCGCCGCCAUUGUCGAGAGUGAACUAGCAGAGGAACUUGACGGCGAGGAAGACGAUGAAUUCGAUGACGGUGAUCCUUACGGCGUACUCGACUUCGACGACCACUUCGACAGUGAGGAUGAAGAGGACGUCAGACGAGAAAUCUCCGCGUAUCAACUCGGCAGAUGGAUGGAUGGGCUUGUGGAUGUUUUUCUCCGACUCGAGGAUUUCCCUGAAAAUACAGGUGGUGGUCUGCAAGAGGACGAAGGUCGUGCAAAUUUUGAUCUUGAAGCUGGAGGCAAAAUCACCGACCAGAAUCGAUUGUCAUUGACAGGGUCAACUAAGACAGCAGAGGGAAGUAGCGUGGUUGGAGAUGAGAUUGAUAUUGAACCUCCACCGGAAAAGCCGACAGGAAUUUGGGAUGAUGUAACUUGGUUUGGUCGCUUGUUGGCUCGUUCGGUACGCUCGUAAUGGAGGUACUACCUGAGUACUCAAGCCAGGUGGAUAAGAGUACACCAGGUCCGGCGAACUCAUGAACAGUCAUUCCCACCUGGCUGUUCACGUGACAAUUUGGCCAACCUCAAGCAGGAAGUGGCACGCCUGUGAUGUUAUGACAAAACUAUGAAAGGCCAUAGUAAUUAGCAAGAGAAAGGAGAGUAGUAAAAAGAAAUGAAGACAUCAUCAAGAUUGAUGUGAUAAUUGUGGUGGUGGUAGGGAUCAUUAUUGUUGGAAUGAGUCAUGUUUCCCUCAAAUCCACGUGCAGGAAUUCGCAUCAUGAAUGGCCGAGGGCCCACUGUGCCUCUGUUUCUACAUCGCUCCUUCCACACAUGUGCCAGUUACCUCCUCGAGGGAAGACCCUCCAUUUACAAAUUGGAAGGAACACACCAAUGCACAAAACACGAAGCAUGAAGCACGAGACACGAAACACAAGCCACACGUGACUUCCAUCUACUUUGGCUCCCUCCGCUCCCUACUCCCUCCCGUACCAUGUGUCACUCAACGCGUCUGUCUCAGCCUUCAGCCUGACCAACCAACUUCCCCAGCCAGCCUCAUCCACCAGUAAACGACAGCCACACAACCUGACUUGUUCCUUCGUAUCAGCCGACCACCUUUUCGACCACCUUCUCAACCACAUCAGACAUAAACAUUCAGCUGGAUUGGACUGGAUUGGACUGUAAACAUAAAGUGGACUACUUAGUCCCCCCUUUCUCCUACCAGACUUUCACUCAUUCUCAUACCGAUUCUGGGUUUGUAUGAAGGGCUUGUUUACAUCCACGCGCCGCUCUACACCCAUACUACUACCUGAUAUAUACAUGCCCAUGAAUCAACUCAACAUACCCCAUCUACCAGCCUGAUCAACAGGACACACCACAUACACACAAUGCAUCUUCCCACUCCCAUUUCCCUCCCCCUUCCCCUUCUUUUCCCUCUCCUCCUCCUAACCCUCCCCUUCCUCCCCACCACCCUCGCCUGGGGCAACCUCGGCCACCGCACCGUGGCCUAUCUCGCCAGUAUGUACUUCACUACGCCAUCCCACCACUUCACCAACACACUCCUCAACAACCAAGACAUCUCCACCGCGGCCUUGUUCGCCGAUAAAGUCCGACAUAUGCCACAAUUCGCCUAUUCCGCCAACUGGCAUUUCAUCGACGCACAUGACCAUCCACCCAAUCAAUGCGGUAUUAACAUGACUCGCGAUUGUAUUGCCUGUGAUGGAGGAUGUGUCGUCAGUGCGAUUGCCAAUCAAACGGCACGGGUGGCAAAUGAAGGGCUAAGUCAUGCGGAUCGAGGUCAGAGUUUGAGGUUCAUGUUGCAUUUUUUCGGCGAUAUUCAUCAGCCUUUACAUACCGAGGCGGAGGGGAGAGGGGGGAAUGAUAUUUUUGUGACGUUUGAUGGGAAAAGAGUUAAUUUGCAUGCCUUGUGGGAUGCGAUUAUGGUUAAUAAGUAUUUGGGGUUGGAUGGGGGAGGAGUAGAUGAGAUUGAUGCGGCGUGGAAUUGGGCGGUGAGGUUGUUUCAAGCAGGAGGAGGAGGAGAAGGAAGGGGUUUGGGAGAGGUGUGUUUACAUGAUGCGGUGGAUUGUGCUUUGGAGUGGGCGGGUGAGGCGAAUAAAUAUGUCUGUGACUAUGUCAUGAAAGAUGGGUUUCGGGAGGGAGAUCUCAAUGGGACGUAUUAUGAUGGUGCAGUGUUGAUUAUUGAUGAGUUGGUUGGAAAGGCAGGGAGACGGUUGGCGGCAUGGGUCAAUCAGAUCGCAGACGUCUCAUUACAGGUUCAGUAGAGAAUUGAUCCGACUUGCUAAAGACCUGAAUAUGAU